AUGGAUGCUAUGGAAGCGAUAAAUUUUUUGGCUACCGAGUAUCUAUUUGGAGGGCGGGAUUCUGGCUCUGCCACGAUACAGUCUGGUUCCGCAGGUAUUGAUGAUGUUACUUCCAGUAGUACAAUAAGUACAAUAACUGUAACCGGGGAUGUGUCUCAGCUCAGGGAAGCUAUAGCGAGCUCUCUUAUUAGCCCGACUGCCACCUUGGCAGCUUCUGCUACUCCUGUUAUAACUGGUGAAGUCGUUGCUUCAAGUUCAGAAUUUGUAUUGAAAAGAAUAGCCAAGUCAGUAGGAUUUAAAAUAGCUAAGAAGUUGGCGGAAUCGGGCGCACCUGAUAGACACAUUUCAUCUCUGAUUUCUUACUUGGUUUCUCCUUUUGCGUUGCUUUGUAUUGGCAUGGCAAUUAUAUUGAACCGUACUGUAGUAUUUGCGACUACGAGACGACCAGCCCCUUUGCCUUUAGUCUAUAGGGUGAUAUUGCGGUCUAUUGCUAUAUACAUGCUAGCUGCCCAAUUAAAUCCUCUGCUACGGGCUCUAGCUUGUUCAAAUAACCAGUUGAGAGAAUUUGUACUGGAUAAAAGCAAAACCGGAGGAUGGUUUAUUGGAAAUAUUUGUCGGUCUAUACUGGCUCCGCCUCUAUCAGGUCUUAGAGGACAUCAAAUUUACGCCGUUCCCGAUUCUUAUGCCAAAUCUUUGGCCCACAGUCUUUCUCCCAGAAAACUACUAGAAAGGUUCAACAUCCCUUGGUUUUCACCAAAGACGACUAAAGUCCAUUAUGUUUUAAGCGAGAGUGAAGCUAAUUCAUUGUAUUUAUUUUGUCCCGCUCCAGCAGAUACCCUUUGGGAUUUGUAUCGUGCCAUUUGUAUCGGUCACUUUAUUGAAACAUUCACUAGUGUUAUUCAGGGACUGAUUCCUUAUUCAGAGACAGGAAUGACACUGUUUGAGUACUCUGUCGCAUUUCAAGAAGUGCAAUCAUUUGCUCAGCUUUCACCAGAGAUUCUCGUUCUUUCGAUCAUUUCUGCUUUAUCACAAAUUGCAUUCCACCUCCAGGGGAUGGUCAACUCUUACAGAUACAGACUUAUUCCAUCAGCUUUUUUCGGUUUAACUUUCAUGUCAUAUUUAGCAUAUGCUGUUUACAAUGGGAGAUUACUUUAUUUCCCAUCGGUUUGCGUUAUUGGCUAUGUUCCACAGUUGGUGGUCUCAGUUGUGGUACUUGUAUGUGGUAUUAUCUACGGAUUAGCUUGUUUGGUUGCAGGUGGUUCGGAGAAUAUGCAGACGUCUCUCCAGUCCAUUCAUAUUGAUCUAAAUGAUGAUUUCUAUACUUGUCUUAUGAAGUUGGGAGUCAUUUCGCUAACAUCGGCUACAAAGGCUACAUACCUUACUGAAGCACGCUCAUUAUGUGCUCCAUUGGCCACAUGGAUCGAGUACGUCGAUGAAGGUGGUCUUGGUUCUGCUAUAAACAAUCACAAGAACUCAACUAAAAGUCCCUAUGACAUUGAGGUUAACGGCCCACCAAGUGAAAAGGGUUAUUACACCCCAGCCAAAAAGCUAAAAUCUGCAGAUGGGGAUCCAAGACCAAAAGAGCUGAAAUUCAAUUCUUCAAGUAAUUUGCUUAUGAGGGUCAUGACUGCUCUCAGGAUGGCACAAGCAUUAUUCACAAUUUCCGUUCUCAUAGUCUGGAAGUUUCUUAGAAUUGUAACUUUUAAGUUAGUGCCGUCAUGGACUAAUCAGCAGGGACGAAGCCGUGCUGAGGAAUUUGAAGCAGCGCUUAUGGCUGUCAGAAACAAUUUUAUCUAUGCAGACUUGAAUGAUGAAUAUGAAGGAGGCUACUUGGAUCUUCUCAACGGAGAAACCCUACCUGAAAUGGACGAUUCAAAAGAUUAUGACCCAAACGACGAGUCAGAAAGUGAAGUAGAAGGAGGUUAUGAAUUCGAAAGUGACUAUGCUUCGUCAGAUGAUGAGGAUAACAGCACAAAACAAGAAUAUGUCUCUAAUGUGGCACAGCUUAGAGUACCUACAACCGCUCAACUGGCUACUGGUGAAAACGAGCAGCCUCCGGCGUCACAUACUUCCAAGAAGUCAUCUAUUAAUGAGUUUUACGAUCUCGUAGUAUCUACACCAGAUUACUUUUUAUCACUCAUUGCACCAAAAACAUCUGAAGAAGCUGAAGAAGUAGAGAUAUUAUCUCGACAUCUAUCUAGCGCCAAACCUGGUCCCUUAACGAGAGCUAAAUAUCACGACUCAAAUCAGGAAGAUGAUCUCCGAGUAAUUCUACAGGUUCUCCGAGACCGUCGCAAGCCACGGGAACAAGAUGGUGAUCACGACGAUGAAGAUAGCACCCAAAUUAGAAGCACAAUAUGCGUGGUAUGUCAAACGGCACCGCGUCAAGUCAUUCUUUGGCCAUGUCGGUGUUUCGCUAUCUGUGAAGAAUGCCGAGUAGCACUAGCGUUCAAGCAUUUUAAAGGCUGCGUCUGCUGCCGCCGCGAAGUCGACUCCUUUAGCAGAGUGUAUAUUCCAUAA